CCGCCUUCCUCCAUGAUUGCGUAUCGGAGAAGACGCCGACGCCUACCGUCUGUUCUCUCUUCCUCCUCGUGACUGUUUCCUCUCCUCUGUGCGAUAUGGAACCAGAAAACCCUAGCAAUGGCGAGCCCGAUGGCUCCCUCGAUCCCACGAGCCAGGGGCACGGCGACGAGUUCGAGAGCGCCUGCUCCACCCCCUUCGCCAGUGCCCCCUCUAGCCCCGGCCGCGGCGGUUACGGCGGCGGCGGCGGUGGCCUCUUCUUCUUUAGCGCCCCCUCCAGCCCGAUGCAUUAUGUUCUCUCCUCUCCCUACUCCGUCACCGACUCGCCCUCGGAUCCGGCCUCCACCGACUUCUCCUUCGAGUUCGAGUUCUCCGCCCGCUUCCCCGCCCAUUCCACCGCGGCCUCCGCCGACGAGCUCUUCCUUAAUGGCCAGAUCCGCCCCAUGAAGCUAUCCUCCCACCUCCAGCGCCCACAAGCUCUCGCCCCGCUCCCAGAUCUCGCCGAAGAGGAGGAUGAUGACGAGAAGGAUGGCCCGAGGUACAACCGCGAGGGGCUGGAGAUCGGCGUCCGAGGGCGGGACCUGAAGCUCCGGAGCCGGUCCGUCCAUCGGAGGGCCAGAUCGCUUUCCCCGCUUAGGAACCUGCCGUUCCGUUGGCGGAUGCAGGGCACGGAUCGGGAGGAGAGGGGCAAGGAUCUCGAGAAGCCCCCAGAUCUGACGCAGAUCGAGGCGGAGGAGGCACCGGCGCCGCCCGUGUCGGCGUCCUCCCGCUCCUCAUCUUCGUCGUCGACGUCCUCGUCUUCCUCGUCGGGACGGAGUUCGAAGCGGUGGAUCUUUCUCAAGGAUCUCCUCCACCGGAGCAAGAGCGAGGGGAGCGACCACGGAAAGGACAAGUUCUGGCACGGGAUCUCCUUCUCGGGGUCCAAGGACAGGCCGAAACCCACUGCGAGCUCGAACCCGGAGACGAAGCCGCCAGCCGCGGCCCCGACGCAGCGCGAUGCGCCGCAGCCCAGACCGGCAAAUGGGAUCAGGAGACGGAGGAGGGCGGCGCCAUCGGCUCACGAGCGGCACUACACCACAAACCGGGCGCAGGCCGAGGAGAUGAGGCGGCGGACCUUCCUGCCCUACCGGCAGGGCCUCCUCGGGUGCCUGUGGUUCAGCUCCAAGAGCUACGGCGCCAUCAAUGGCUUCGCCCGGUCCUUCAAUCCCGUCCCCUCGAGGUAACCCGCUCCACCUCCUCCGCAUUAUUACUACCCAAGAAAACUAGCAAAUCGAGUUCUGUACAGUACAUCAAAUCUCUGUUAGUGUAUGAGGGAUCGAGGCUUUCUUGUUUCGCGUUUCGUUCAUGUUUGCGAUUGCAUCCUGCUUCUUCA